UCGUCUCCCUCGCGCCGCUUCUCCAGUUCUCCUACCUCCCCUCCCACUCCUGCUCGCUCGCCACCUCCCGCCCUUUUUAAACCACCACCCGCUGCCAAAUUUGCUUUGCCUCCCCACCACCACCCCUUUGCUGCUGCGGUCUAGCUGAUAAGCUAGCUAGCUAGUUAGGCCACGCUUAAUUGGGUGACAGCCAGCCGCGCGGCGCGGAAGAGGGAAGCGAUCGACACGAGGCCGGUGAGUCUAGCUCGGGAUCGAGGUCGAGGAGAGCUAGCUGGGCAGCAGGUUCUGCGGUGGUUUGGGUUUGGGUUUCUCUGAUCGAUGGGGUCGUCCGCGGACCACGGCGGCGCCGGCGGGAGGGGCAAGAAGCAGGGGUCGCAGCUGUGGAAGAAGGCGCUGCUGCAUUCCUGCCUCUGCUUCGUCAUGGGCUUCUUCACCGGUUUCGCCCCGUCGUCCGUCUCCGACUGGACGUCCGCGGCGGUCUCGGCGGGCGGGGUGGGCAGCAGCCACGUGGUCCGGGCGCUGCAGACGGCCGCCGGCGGGGCCGUGAACCGGAGCCUGCUGGCGCACGGCAGCGCCCUCAUCGGCGGUGCGGGCCUGCUCGACGCGGCCGCGACAGCGACCCCGCGGCCGCUGCUGGUGGUGGUCACGACGACGGAGUCGGCGCCCGCGGCGUCUGGAGAGCGCGCCGCGGCGCUGACGCGGAUGGCGCACACGCUGCGGCUGGCGGCGCCGCCGCUGCUGUGGGUGGUGGUGGAGGCCGCCCCGGACGUGCCGGCCACGGCGCGGCUGCUGCGCACCACGGGGCUCAUGUACCGGCACCUGACGUACAAGGACAACUUCACGGCCGCCGACGCCGCCGCGGGCAAGGAGCGGCACCACCAGCGGAACGUCGCGCUCGGCCACAUCGAGCACCACCGCCUCGCCGGCGUCGUUCUCUUCGCCGGCCUCGGCGACGUCUUCGACCUCCGAUUUUUCGACCAGCUCCGCCAGAUCAGCGCGUUCGGCGCGUGGCCGGUGGCGACGAUGGCGCGGGGCGAGCGGAAGGUCGUGGUCCGGGGCCCCGCGUGCAGCGCUUCCGCGGUCACCGGCUGGUUCUCCCAGGACUUCGGCGGCAACGGCACCGCGGCCGCCACGACGGCGAGGCCCCCCGAGGUGGACGCCCACGGCUUCGCCUUCAACAGCUCCGUGCUCUGGGACCCCGAGCGCUGGGGACGCUACCCGACCUCCGAACCCGACAAGUCCCAGGACUCGAUGAAGUUCGUCCAGCAAGUGGCUCUGGAAGAUUUUAGCAAGGUGAAGGGCAUUCCUUCCGAUUGUUCAGAGGUCAUGGUAUGGCAUGUCGAUUCGACACCCCCUUCUUCCUCUUCUUAGCAACCACCUCUGGAGAACAAGAGAAGAUAGAAAGGGUGAUUAUAGAAGAGGUCAAUGGACGAGCUGGAGGACGGUCCCAGAGUGGUGUACAUUGUACAUGCAUAGCUACACCAUCGAGGCGCUGGUUGUCUUCAAUCAAGCUGCAAAGAAGGAAAUUUUGGGUUUCUCACCAGGGGAUGGAUCAACCUCUGACCCCAGUUCUCCGUCAUAAUGUACAAUUUUCCACUAUUCUUUUUCUUAAAAAAUUGUGAUAUAUGUAUAAUUUCUUCUUUUCUUUUUUUUCAAGAGGGUUUAGGUGAAUACAUACAUAAUACCCCCUUGAUGUGUCUCUCAAGGAUGUAAUGAAAUAGAAGGCAAGCUAAAAAUCCACUUAACAAUGAUGAUACACAUUGUGCUA